AAAUUAAGAAUGAUAAUAACAACAAGAAGCUCCACGCCUGAUAUUCUCACUCUCCCUUUUCUUUUCGUUUUUUUCCCCCAAAAAACACGUUUUUCAGUAUAUGGAAGAUCUUGAAGAAGAAGAAGAAGGCGAAGCAGCAAAACAAGAAUCUGUUCCCUUCUCUUCAUUCGUUAAUAACAACAACAAUCAAAUAAACAUGACCCGUUAAAUUGUUUAUAUUAUAUUUGUUUGCGUAGAAUCUAAAAGGAGGUUUAAGGGUUUUAUUAUUAUUAUUAUUAUUAUUAUUAUGGGGAAGGGACAAUUCUCGAUUCGCCGUCGAAAGAAAUCGACGCCGCAGUUGCCGCCGUUGCCGCCACAGCCUACGGUGGGGAGUGGUAAAGUGUCGAAGAAGAAGGUGGGUGGGUCGAGGCUAUGGAUGAGAUUUGAUAAGUUGGGUCAAUCUGAGUUGAAUGAGUGGGAUAAGACUGCUAUUAUUAAGCGCGCUGCUAUUCCUGCUAGGGAUUUGAGAAUUCUUGGCCCCAUUUUCUCUCACUCUUCCAGCAUUCUUGCAAGGGAGAAGGCCAUGGUUGUCAAUUUGGAGUUUAUAAGAGCCAUAAUUACAGCUGAAGAGGUUUUGUUGCUUGAUCCUCUACGUCAAGAGGUUCUUCCAUUUGUGGAUCAACUGAGGCAACAACUUCCUCAUAAAAGUCUUUCAAAGGUUGAUGCUACUAGUGCUGAACAAGAUAAUGAAGGACAAUUUCCAAAUGCUGGACACUGGUUACCUGUUCCAGAAGCCGUUGAAGGUCAUGAGGCUGAGCUACCAUUUGAGUUUCAGGUGCUUGAGAUUGCAUUGGAAGUUGUUUGCACAUUCUUAGACUCUAGCGUAGCUGAUCUGGAGAGAGAUGCUUACCCAGUUCUGGAUGAACUGGCCAUGAAUGUUAGCACUAAGAAUCUUGAGCAAGUGAGAAGUUUAAAAAGCAAUCUUACCCGAUUACUUGCCAGAGUGCAGAAGGUUAGAGAUGAAAUAGAACACCUUUUAGAUGACAAUGAAGACAUGGCACAGUUGUACUUGACUAGGAAGUGGAUUCAGAAUCAGCAAACUGAGACUCUUACUAUUGUUUCAAAUAGCAUUGUUCCUGCUGCACCGAAUCUUCGUAGGCUUAAUUCAGCCAGAAGCAGAAGUGGAAGUUUGGUGAGCAACCAUUUUAAUUACUAUGAUGUGGAGGAUCUGGAGAUGUUGCUUGAGGCCUACUUCAUGCAGUUGGAAGGCACACGUAACAAGAUUUUAUCUGUCCGUGAGUACGUUGAUGACACAGAAGAUUACGUCAAUAUCCAGCUCGACAAUCAGCGUAAUGAGCUUAUUCAGCUGCAAUUGACACUGACCAUUGCAUCAUUUGCUAUAGCUAUGGAGACGCUGAUCGCUGGGUGGUUUGGCAUGAAUAUACCUUGUACCCUAUACAACAGGCACGGGUUAUUUUGGCCCUUUGUCGCGUGCAUCACAGCGGGUUGUAUAUUACUAUUCCUUAUUAUUCUAGGAUAUGCUAGGUGGAAGAAGUUGCUUGGAUCAUGAAUUCCUUUUUUGUCAAGGCUUACAAAUUGUAUUAAUACAAAUCAAAGCCAUAGCUUAAUUUUGCUCCGCGCGAGCCAUACAUAAUACCUACACUACACUCAAGAGUUUUCUGUUUA